AUGAUCAUAACUCUCCAAGAAGGCCUUGCCAAACUUGACGCUGAUCUCGAGAGGCUCAGAGGCAAUCCUCGGAGGCUUGAAAAUGAGCGCUCUAGAUUCAACAAGACCCCCGAGGGAACGCCACCUCAAUCAGGCGCAACUACGGUGCUCACUUGCUCACCUCCUCCCGAGGUCGAGGGGGCCGAGUGGGAACCACCCAUCUUCUCAUGGGAGGCUGAAGUGAGCACGAACCGUAACGCCUCGAAACCAUACCGCAUGAUUAUCAUGCUGGAGGAGAUUGAGAGGCAGCGCUUUCGUUCGCUUCGCCAUAUAUAUGAGGGCCCAGCCGAGUCUGCUCCGCUGGAUGAUCCUUUCGCGAUUAACGAGAUCAUCGACCUAAAGAUCCGACAACGGUGGAUCGACCAGGGUAUAUGGCACAGUUCCUGGCUCCUCGAUGAACAAAAUUGCCAAGUCGGAGAAGCCUGGAGGCAUGAGACCGCUUUCAUGGGUGAUCCUAUCGAUGACCCGAAAAACCUGAAAACGGACGAGCAGAGGGCAAUUGAGCUUGAUGCAUCUCGCCCCCUAAACCAGUUUCUGUAUGAGAUACGCAGAGAACAAGAAUGGUAUGAGGAGUGCCGCACAGCCGGGGCGGACAACGUACCUACCACACAAAGCGAGAUUGAAAGCCGUUCGUACAACACUAUUGUCCAGCGAUGGAAGCAGUACCAUAUCUGGGACUCCAGAUGGGGCCGGAUGCCUGGUCCUGCAUGGAGACACGAGAUGCCACUAGAGGAGCUUGUGAGGCAAAAGCUCGAGGACAACCCCGCGCUUCAAUCGAUGACCAAUGAUGAGCGGAAAAGCAUUGAUAGCCGACGAUCAGAUGACUACCGCAGUGAGCCACGGAACGAGGUUGUAUUCAAACCGGAGCGCGCGAAAAAGCCCAAGGAGCCCAAACCACGCCGGCCUCACCCCGUUCCAAGGAGACCACGGGUGCCGCCGCCGAAAAAGUCCCUUUACACCAAGUACAAGGAAUUUCGGUCAAAUCUUCCCACCAAGUUUGGCUUUUACAAGACCCGAAAGAUCUCUGAUGAGCCAAGGGUUCCGAUUUGGAGAAUGACUGUUAGGGGGUAUGAGCUUUGCUUCAAUCGCACCGAGAUUUAUGAUUGA